UCCGCUCUCACCCGGACAGGGUAGAGAAUCCCUCUGCACAGCUUCUGGAGAGUGUCCAGGUGCCUGUGUCCCUCGGUCAACGGUAUCCUCUGCAGUCCUGGAGCAGCUGCGGUCCCCAGGCAGACCCGGAAUGGGGCCGGCACAGCCGAGGGGCGCGCCUCUGCCGCUGUGGCUGCUGUUCACGCUCAGUCAAGGCCUUUUACAUUGCUGCUUGGCGUACAAUGUUGGUCUUCCAGAAGCAAAAAUAUUUUCUGGUCCUUCAAGUGAGCAGUUUGGUUACGCAGUGCAACAGUUUAUAAAUCCAGAAGGCAACUGGCUAUUGGUUGGCUCACCUUGGAGUGGCUUUCCCAGGAAUCGAAUGGGAGAUGUGUAUAAAUGUCCUGUUGACCAGUCCACUGCUACGUGUGAAAAACUGAACUUGCAAACUUCCACAAGCAUUCCGAAUGUUACUGAGAUGAAAACCAACAUGAGCCUUGGCUUGACGCUCACAAGGAACGUGGGAACUGGAGGAUUUCUCACGUGUGGUCCCCUGUGGGCACAGCAGUGUGGAAAUCAGUAUUACACAACGGGUGUGUGUUCAGACAUCAGUCCUGACUUUCAGCUCUUGGCCAGCUUUUCACCUGCAGUUCAGACCUGCCCCUCCCUCAUAGAUGUUGUGGUUGUAUGUGAUGAGUCAAACAGUAUUUAUCCCUGGGAAGCAGUAAAGAAUUUUUUGGAAAAAUUUGUACAAGGCCUGGACAUAGGCCCCACAAAGACACAGGUGGGGUUAAUUCAGUAUGCCAAUAAUCCAAGAGUGGUAUUUAACUUGAACACUUUUGCGACCAAAGCUGAAAUGGUUAUAGCAACAUCCCAGACAUCCCAAUAUGGUGGGGACCUCACAAACACAUUCAAAGCAAUUCAAUUCGCAAGAGAUUUCGCUUACUCGGCAGCUUCUGGUGGACGACCAAGCGCUACCAAAGUAAUGGUAGUUGUAACUGAUGGCGAAUCACAUGACGGUUCAAUGUUGACAGAUGUGAUUGAUCAAUGCAACAAAGACAAUAUACUGAGGUUUGGCAUAGCAGUUCUUGGCUACUUAAACAGAAAUGCCCUUGAUACUAAAAAUUUAAUAAAAGAAAUCAAAGCGAUUGCUAGCAUUCCAACAGAAAGAUACUUUUUCAAUGUGUCUGAUGAAGCAGCUCUACUAGAAAAGGCUGGGACAUUAGGAGAACAAAUUUUCAGCAUUGAAGGUACUGUUCAAGGAGGGGACAACUUCCAAAUGGAAAUGUCACAAGUAGGAUUCAGCGCAGAUUAUUCUCCUCAAAACGAUAUUCUGAUGCUGGGUGCAGUGGGAGCAUUUGGCUGGAGUGGAACAGUUGUCCAGGAGACCUCUCACAGACAUCUGAUCUUUCCUAAACAAGCCUUUGACCAAAUUCUGCAAGAUAGAAAUCACAGUUCCUAUUUAGGUUACUCUGUGGCUGCAAUUUCUACUGGACAAAGCACCCACUUUGUUGCCGGUGCUCCUCGGGCAAAUUAUACCGGUCAGAUAGUGCUAUACAGUGUUAACGAGAACGGCAACGUCACAGUUAUUCAGGCUCACAGAGGUGACCAGAUUGGCUCGUAUUUUGGUAGCGUGCUGUGUUCAGUUGAUGUGGAUAAUGACACCAUUACAGAUGUGCUCUUAGUGGGUGCGCCAAUGUACAUGAAUGACCUAAAGAAAGAAGAAGGGAGAGUCUACCUGUUCACUGUCAUAAAGGGCAUCUUGAGUCAGCACCAAUUUCUUGAAGGCCCAGAGGGCAUUGAAAAUGCCCGAUUUGGUUCAGCGAUUGCAGCUCUUUCAGACAUCAACAUGGAUGGUUUGAAUGAUGUGAUUGUUGGUUCACCAUUAGAAAAUCAGAACUCAGGAGCUGUGUAUAUUUACAAUGGUCAUCAGGGCACUGUUCGCACGAAGUAUUCCCAGAAAAUCUUGGGAUCUGAUGGAGCCUUUAGGAGCCAUCUCCAGUACUUUGGGAGAUCCUUGGAUGGCUAUGGAGAUUUAAAUGGAGAUUCCAUCACUGAUGUGUCCAUUGGUGCAUUUGGACAAGUGGUUCAACUCUGGUCACAGAGUAUUGCUGAUGUCGCUGUAGAAGCUUCAUUCACACCAGAAAAAAUCACUUUGUUCAACAAGAAUGCUCAGAUAGUCCUCAAACUCUGCUUCAGUGCCAAGUUUAGACCUCCUAAGGAAAACAGUCAAGUGGCCAUUAUGUGUAACAUCUCACUUGAUGCAGAUGGAUUUUCAUCAAGAGUAACCUCCAGGGGGUUAUUUAAAGAAAAUAAUGAAAGGUGCCUGCAGAAGACCAUGGUAGUAAAUCAGGCACAGAGCUGCUCUGAGCACAUCCUUCAGAUACAGGAGCCCUCUGAUGUUGUGAACCCUUUGGAUCUGCGUGUGGACAUCAGUCUGGAAAACCCUGGCACUAGCCCUGCCCUCGAAGCCUACUCUGAGACGGCCAAAGUCUUUAGUAUUCCUUUCCAUAAAGACUGUGGUGAUGAUGGACUUUGCAUCUCUGAUCUAAUCCUGAAUGUCCAACAAUUGCCAGCUGCUCAAGAACAACCCUUUAUUGUCAGCAACCAAAACAAAAGGUUAACAUUCUUAGUAACACUGAAAAACAAAAGGGAAAGUGCAUACAACACUGGGAUUGUUGUGGAGUUUUCAGAAAACUUAUUUUUUGCUUCAUCCUCCAUGUCGGUGGAUGGGACAGAAGUAACCUGCCAGGUUGCUUCCUCUCAGAAGUCUGUCACCUGCGGCGUAGGCUACCCUGCUUUAAAGAGAGGUCAGCAGGUGACUUUUACUAUUAACUUCGACUUCAAUCUUCAAAACCUUCACAAUCAGGCAUCUCUCAGUUUCGAAGCUUUCAGUGAAAGCCAAGAAGAAAACAAGGCAGAUAAUUUGGUCAACCUCAAAAUUCCUCUUUUGUAUGACGCUGAACUUCACUUGACAAGAUCCACCAACAUAAAUUUUUAUGAAGUCUCCUCGGAUGGGAAGGUUCCUUCCACUGUGCGCAAUUUUGAAGAUAUUGGCCCAAAAUUCAUCUUCUCCCUUAAGGUGACCACAGGAAGUGUUCCAGUUAGCAUGGCAUCUAUAAUCAUCCACAUCCCUCAAUACACCAAAGGAAAGAAUCCACUGAUGUACCUGACUGAGGUGCACACAGACCAGGCUGGUGACAUCAGCUGCAAUGCAGAUAUCAAUCCACUGAAAAUAGGACAAGCAUCCUCUUCGGUCUCCUUCAAGAGUGAAAAUUUCCGGCACAUAAAAGAAUUGAAUUGUAGAACUGCUUCUUGUAGCAAUGUUACCUGCUGGCUGAAAGACCUUCGUAUGAAAGGAGAAUACUUCGUUAAUGUAUCUACCAGAAUUUGGAACGGGACUUUUGCACUGUCAACUUUCCAGACACUACAGCUGACGGCUGCUGCAGAAAUCAACACCUAUAACCCCCAGAUAUAUGUAAUCGAAGACAACAUUGUCUCGAUUCCUCUUACGAUAAUGAAACCCGCUGCAAAAGCAGAAGUACCCACAGGAGUUAUAGUAGGAAGUAUAAUUGCGGGAAUCCUUUUGCUGUUAGCUUUGGUUGCGGUUUUAUGGAAGCUUGGCUUCUUCAAAAGAAAAUAUGAAAAAAUGACCAAAAAUCCGGACGAGAUUGACGAGACCACAGAGCUCAACAGCUGAAGCACCCCGCACCCUUGGAGGGGGACUCGGCAGCAUGCCAGCCAGGGCGUGUUGUGUGUUGUGAAUGGAUUUCUUUUUAAAUCCCAGUUUUUUACAGUGUAACAGGUAAAUGAGCCUGGCAUUUUUAAGAGAAACUGCAGGUCAGUUCGGAAUGAAAAAAUUGUGGGUGGGGAGAAGGGGUAUAAAGGGCAAAGACUUAUUUUAUAUGAGGGAAAAACCGUAAUCUUUAAACUGGCUGGUCCAGAGUUUACAUUCGAAUGGACAUUGUGUCAGAAACGUGGAAUGCUUCCAAGCAUGACGAAUUUUAAAGAAAAAAACAACUUUCUCAACUUAUUUUUUGGGGACAAAAACACUGUCUUAAAAUGCUUGUCUGUAAACAGCAACAACAGAAGUGGAAGUACCUGGUAUAAAACUGAAUAAACUUGGACCUUAUUAUAUAAGUACUUCCCACUUACAUAUAUAAUUAUCAUGAAUACUGAUGUUAACCAGAGGAGGGAAAAUCACAGGUUGUUUUUUAAUUGAUGCUACUCAUCUGAAGUUGCCACAGAGGAUACUUCUAAGUGAUAUUUUUAUUUAUAAACGAGGUAAAAUUUGCUCGGUUCCUUCCAGCCCACAGCUGCCCCUUCCUCCCAUCCUGCUUGAAACGUGCCUGAAUAACCUGAAUAACCGACAGGAGCUGAGAGUACAGCUCCCUACUGAGGAAAUCUCCAUUGAAGUUGGAGGAGGGGGCAAUUCAGAGGCCAAGGCACAAAACUUGACUUGAAACACAUACUAUAGAACAACAUUUAUGAUAAAAUCCCGCCUGCUGGAGGCCUAGAUGGUGCUAGUAGAAGGAAAUGGAGGUUCCUUUUCCUUUGAGGAUAUACAACAGUUCCCUUUUAGAACUUGAUUAUGUGGCAGGCAGGGACUUAGGGAAUUUUUGAAAAAUGAGUGUAAUUGCUUUGGCAAUGUCCCUCUUCCUUUACUGAACCACGCUCUCUCCUCCUGGCACCCCCACAUUAUGGAAGCCCUCGUGAGCCUGCCUUCCUCUCCAGUGGCCCAGAGUUAUCCACGUUCCUUUACCCUUCAUCCAAGCUUCCACUUCCUCAGGACAGCUCCCCUACACCAGGUAUUAGGAGGGAAAAGUUCAUCUGUUUAAUUCGCAAGCUUGCGGGAAUUACUGUAUAAACUCUAACUUCAGGGAGCUAUUUUUAUUUAUUGCUAAACACGUAAGAAAUAUAAGCCUGAGUGAAUUUCUAAAUAUUGGAAUUUCAGGAAGUGUAAACAAGGUAAAGUAAAACAUCUCAAGAUUUCACAGGAGUUACAAACAAGGUGUUGGAAACCACCAAAUUAGCAGGCACAGUCUCUGUGCUUGUCUUGUUUCCAGAGCACAAAACUUCCAUUAAGGGUGAGUGUCGACUUGGGCAAGCCAGUUUGAAAGGUAGGUCCUGCAGGUAUUUGGCCAGAGAGGGAUGAGGCCCAGUAAUCUUCAUUUUAACAAGCACCCCAGUCACUAUGAUAUGCAGGGACCACGCUGAGGAACCACCACCCAUUUCUACUUUUUGCACCUUCUUUUCUCUGUUCUUGAGCCCACACAGUCUCUACGAGAGACUUGGAGGGAAAGGGUACGAGAAAGGGCAGUGGGAACGAUUCAACCUUUAUAAACUUCGGCGUCCUUGUUAUAAAAUGGGACGACUGAGUUGGAGCUCAGCAGUGACACUGUCAGUUUUAAAAGUCUAUGAUCUGAAUUUCCUGUAAUACAAUAGAAAAUCCUCCAAGAAUUUGACUUGGAAAAGAUGUCAGAAGAAGACAGAUUUCUGCCAUGUGCAUGUGGUUGGCCUUAACUGCCCUCCUGGUCUGCCCUCUGUUGGCAGCCAACAAGAAAACAGCAACAAAACAAUUAGCUGUAAAAUGCCAGGGGCUUAUAGCAGAAACAGCAUGGUAUGCCCUAGUUAGGUGUGCCAGAGUCAGUUCUUUUAACAGCUGUGCGAAUUCACGUUUUCAUUCCAAUCAAAAUAUUUAAAAAGAGCAGGGAAACGAGUGAUUAGGUUGACAAAAAAUAUUUAACCAACCAUGUAACUACUAUAUAUACACACAUACAAGUUUUCCAAUGUGCUAUACAAGGAAUUACAGCACAUUGGUCCUUUCAUUUUACUCUGCUCCACCUGGCUUGGAGAAGUACGAAACUAAGGCACAUACACACAAUAAGCUGGAAAACUCUGGCUAAGCCUUGCCUGCCUUAAGUAAUCAGCCUCAAUUACACCGUCUCCAGGAAGUGGCUGCAUUACCCUCAAGUAAAAUAUUAGCCGCUCAUCUCCAACCACUUACCGCACCAGGAAAGGGUUUCGCAACCUGGACGCUAUUUCAUUUUGGGCCAGGUGACCCUUCCUUGUGGAGGGCUGUCCUGUGCCUUCCAAGAUGUUUAGCAGCACCCUUGGCCUCAGCCUCUCCGAAGCCAGGGAGCAUCCACUCCCCGCAGUGGUGACAAUCAAAAAAUAUCUCCAGACAUUUGAGAGGAGUAUCUCUCAAGCACUUUUAAGCCAAGGUGAGUAUUCAUCCAAGAGAUUAAGGGGGGGAAAACAUUCUUUUUAAGAAAAAGUUAUGUGUUCUAUUCAUAUUUUUUGCUUUAAAAGUAAGUAGAACAUAGGGUGUAAAAGAUGUCAUGUUAAAAUUUCCAUUUUAUAAAUGGUGUACAGACAAAGUCUAUAGAAUGAGAUAAAGACUCUGAAUUGCUUCAGGCAUGGCUACCACACAAGCAUUAUAAAAUAGUAACAUAGGAAAGUAGUUUAAUGAGGAAACUGCAUUGAGAUUUAAAAUUGUACAUCACUCAGUUCAACAGCAAAAUAGUAACUCCUAACUGGACAGAAAUUUUUUGUAGCUAGUGCUGUUCUGUAAUAGUGAAAGUUAUCAAUUAACUGUGAAGAAUAAGGAAAACUAAAGCAAUAUAAUUUUAUGAAUACUAAAAUUCGUAAGAGAGGUAUGAAAUAGAAUAAAGUUAUCUAUCCUGAUACAUAGCAUUAGCCCAAUACAUGAAAAUUUCAUAAAUUAAGACAUCAUUAAACAGAAGGGCAGGAUGCCUUAAACUGAGAUCCCAGAUCCAUCUUUAAUAUUUCAAUUUUCACAUAAAACAAUUACAUAUACUACAAUUCUAAGAUUAUGCCUUUGACUAUCAAAAAAUAAUCCUACAAUUUCUAGGAUUAUGCCUGUGGUGUAUAUUCAGACAUACUCAUUUUAAUCGAUUUGAAAGAUAAAACAUCUAGAGGUGAAAGAUAAACAGGGGUAAAAUUUGUAAUAAAUGAAAAUAUUAACUAUUACUUUGAACUUGAAAUGCAGCCAUUAUGUAAAUAUACUUUCAUAUGUACCUGAUUUAUUUUGGUGGAUGAAGUCAAAAUAUAAAUGUAUAUAUUGCACAAUUAUGUUAGAAUUGUAAAUUUUUUGAAGAAAUUAUCUUGAAUAUUUUCCUUCAGAGAUAAUGCAUACAUCUUUAAGAUGUGAUAUAUUUGCUGUUUUUGAUUUUGCACAUUUUGAAGGAAUGUGUUUUUCCUUCACCAAAACUAUAAAAAUAAAUAUAUGCAUGUUUGUAUAUCAAGUUGCACAAAUCAUUUGAUUUCCAAGAAACGAAAAUCAAAUUGGAGUAGGAAUUAACAUCAACUAAUAAUCUUUCUCAUAUCAAAAUAUGAGAAUCAAACAGAAAAUGUUUAUUUACUUGUAAACCACUCUUUUCACAGCACAUUAUUGAGAAUCAUUAAAUUUGUUUCGAAAAUAAAGCUAUUUUCUUUGGGCUUCGGUUUUUACAACUUACACAUUUGCUAAAUUUACAUACUCACUUGCUUCAAAACACAUUCAAGACUCAAGAAGACAGAGGCUAUAACUAGGCAUAUGGAUUCAGUCUGUUUCAUUUCCAGCAGAGACCACAAGGAUGUUUUUGCAGGAGGCUUAAAUGGCCCGUGGCUUACAGACUUGGUGUAAACCUUCCUCCUCAAAGUGUUGUUGCUGAUAGGCAGCUGCAUCACCUGAGAGCCGGUUACAGAGCUUGGAUGUCAGGUGCCUCCCAGAACUCCUAAAUUCAAACUGGAAGUUUAACACGAUUCCCAGGUAAUUCAUAUCACAUUUAAGUUUGAAAAGCACUGUUCUGAAGCACUACUUACCCUCUGAGACAAUAUGUAUGCUUGGAGUAGUGAGGAAACAACACCAGCCAAACUGCUGCAAUAUGCAGAACCAGUCAUCUGCCUAGUUUUUUUUUUUAGUAGUAAUCUUGAGCUUUAAGUAUUUUUAUUUAAAGAUUAGAUAUGCUGAAAUUAAUAUGCUGAAAUUAUGGAGUAAGACACACAUCAGACUCACAGACUGCCAUCACUGUACAGAUGACAGAUGAAUGCACAGGAUGGGUGGAAAGCGGCUAAGUGCAGCCAUUCACACAAAAAUGGCUCCCACUCAGGGGUCAGGUGUCGGGUGCGCUCCCUCCACCUCCCUGCCCGUCUCUACUGUGGUACCACCUUGUUAGGGCCUCUUACUUCCCACAGCACAAGUACCGACAAGUGUGUUGGGUGCACAUAUGUAUAUGUCACAUAAAAACAAAAUGUUGGGGAGCCGGGUGCGGUGGGCAGUGGUGGAAGCCUGUAGUCCCAGCUACUCAGUAGGAUGAAGCAAGACGAUGGCUGGAGCCCACGCUGGCUUUGAGUUCAAGGCUAGCCUGGGUGACAGGACUCCACUUCUUAAAUAACAUGUUUGAGAUAAGAAGCUUUAGUUGUUUGUUUUCACAGAGCAGGUUAGGAAAUGCUGUUAAAGACCUGUAUUAAAGCUACCAUUUUGUCCCAUAUAGUUACAUGGAAAAUAAUUUUAUAUUUAUAUUUACUCACUUUUUAAACAGUAAUCCUUUUAUUUAUUCUACAGCACCUGCUUAAAAACUACAAACUGCAUUUUUUUUAAGUUUUUUUUUUUUUUUUUUUUUUAUUGUUGGGGAUUCAUUGAGGGUACAAUAAGCCAGGUUACACUGAUUGCAAUUGUUAGGUAAAGUCCCUCUUGCAAUCAUGUCUUGCCCCCAUAAAGUGUGACACACACCAAGGCCCCACCCCCCUCCCUUCCUCCCUCUUUCUGCUUUUAGUAGCUAUGAAAGAUGUGAUAGGACUAGGGUGGGGAAGGAAAUGGAGGGGAAAAGUUGGGCUGUAAGUGUUACAACUACGUGUAUCAAGUUUAAUUUAGGAGAUACUAUUUAACACCAAUAGCCCUGGGGAAGGAAGUGGAGGGGAAAAGUUGGGCUGUAAGUGUUACAACUACGUGUAUCAAGUUUAAUUUAGGAGAUACUAUUUAACACCAAUAGCCCCAAGUAUUUGAACGCAUACAAUAAGCUCACAUACUGGUGAGGCAAUGACAAAGCAAAAAUCCCUGAUAUCAAGAAGUUUAUGGUCUAGUGAUGGUGAUAAGCUACUAGCUGUAGUAGUACAUCAAGUUUCACAAUAAAAUAGAAAGCAAAAAAAGGGGAGAGGACUCUUAGUUUUAAAUGGGUAGUCAGAGAAGGCUCUCAGAGGAGGUUAAGAUUGAAUUAGAGACUGAUGAGGUGAGGAAGCAGACUCGGAACAUCUCCGAUGGAAAGCGAUCUAGAAGGGACAAGUGGGGGCCCUCUGACAUCAGAGUAAGCCUGUCCAAUACCAGCCACAGCGAAACAGUGAGCCUGGAGCAAGACAGGAGGUGAGGGCAGGCAGGGACCCCACUGUGGAGGACUCUGAGAUUCUAGGGUACAAUGAGCUAUCAGGGGACUCUUGAGUAGUAUGAGGAAUGAUCUUGGUCCACAGGCUAAGGCAAAAGUCAAAGAGAAAUGGGUUGGAGCCUUGGACUAUAGAAGUGGCAACAGAAUAAGGGAGAAGUGGCUGGAUUCAAGAUAUAUCUGUGAAUCCAUUUUCUAAUUUUCCAAUAGGUUAACCUGGAGAUCUGAGACCAAUCCUCAAACUACUGCCUCUUGAUCACAAUUUCUCAAAAAAUACUGAAAACAUAUUGACUGUAAACAUACCAAAAGGAUGGAAAUAGCCACAGAAUAGUUCACUCACUGAACAUCUGCUAUUACUUUCAUUCAACGAUGAUAAAAUCCUUUUUUUGUUUGCCACCUGUUCCAAUACUUGAAAUUUUAAUUUCUUACUUCUUAAGUGAAUUUAUCUACCAAUCACAUGAAGUCACAACUUCAAAGUGACCUUGAAGUUUUACAGGCAGUCUGCUUAGAGGUUGUUUUUUUUUUGGGUUUUUUUUUUUUUUUUUUUUUUUGGCUAUUCUUCUAAUUAUUUGAGCAGCUAAGUUCUAGAGAUAGAAAGGCUGCAUUUCACAGUGAUCCCAGUUCCUUAAUAUCUCAACCACAUUUAGCUUCUGCCACUCACUUCUAAGAAAGGGAGGGUCACACUGAAGACUAUUUUAGUGCAAUGCACCAAAAUCUUUCAGGGACAUUCCAUCCUAGUUCCUGCAUCCCCAGAUUAACUCCUUAAUCUCUGUAUUGAAAAUUAAAAGCAUAAUAGUCUCAGUUCCAAACUUAGAAUAAAGUCUACUUAAUGAAGCAUGAUUCUUUAAAAACAUCUUUAAAGAUUGUUCUAUAUUCUUUAAAAACUCAAUAAAGAUCUUCUAAAGAAGUAUUUGGAAAAAAGGAAAAUAUUUGAGUAGAAAAAUCUUGAAAUCUACAUAUAUCUCAUACUAACAUUACAUAUAAUAACAUCAUCCUAAUAAACGUGCAUGUAUAAUCCUAGAAAUGUCUGCAGUGGCCCAGUAUCCUCACAAUAAUGUGCUUUCAGAUAAAAGGCAACUUACUGACCAACACCCAGACCUCGUUCUCCAGGGAAGCUUGACAGAAGGUAGAGGGUACCACUGAAUUGAAAGGGGAAGUGUGAGACCACACAGGUGACCCUAACUCAGUAAGGGAAAAAAGUGGUUAUAAAGGUUAUAAAAAGUGGUUAUAAAGGUUAACCAAUAAAAAUUGGACCACUGUUUAGCAUAAAAAUAUUUCAGAAAACUUAAUGACUUCACUAAGGAUAAUGCUGCAUAAUCAACCAAAAAGACAACUAUCUGAACAUGGUUUAAUAAGUAACCAUAUUAAGUUUCCUUCAUUAAUUUCUUUAAUAUCAUUCACAAAAAUGGUUUUGAAUUAAAUUUCAAAAAUCAGCUACAAACCACCACAUUAGUUUUACAAUUUUAUGCUGAUUUGCAUAUGGAUACAUUAUUGAUAAGCAAUAACAUACAAACAGUUUUAUGGUAAGAUUAUAGAUUCUAAAGUACUGGAAAUUUCCACAUUUCCUAUCAGGAAAUAAUUUAGGCAUUAUCACUAAAUUUAAAAAUACAGGAAAAUACUGUUUUUAAACUUUUUAAAUCAUGCGUUUAUUUCAAAUAUAUAUAAGUUGAUAAAAUCCAUAAGAUUGAGACUGUCUGAUAAUGACCUUUUAUACUUUUCCAGUUCUGCCAACAUUCCAUGAUGCAUCCCUGAUAACAAUGGUAUCAGUGGACGGAGGCCAGGGCGGGGAGGCACCUUCUAAGACACUUAAAGUCACUGAGAGGGGUCCACACCCAAUGUGCGUUGAGUUACGAUGAGACAUUAGUCGCGGAUGAAUUUGUCAAAGACACUGUUGUUCACAUUUAAAUUA